AUGAAGCGUGCUUUAUCUGAGGAGAAAGGAGAACGCGGUCAAGAGGGAGACACCGAUAGUGCAAAUGGUAGGAAAAUUCCUCUUCGAACACCCUCAGAGUACCGCGCACUGGAUACUUCUCAUACAGGAUCAAAGCAUCCUCAAAACGAUUCUGUAGGACAUGUUGCAAAUGUCACGACACCGCAUCCAGGGGUACUAGGAGGCAAUCCAUCAACACAGGACACAUCUUCGAAGACUGGGGAGAAUGGCCAAGCGACACGACGAAAACGUGCACCCAAGCUCUACUUUUUCCAUCAAAGCGAUAUCCUAUCUCCAAUGCAACCUACUUCAUUGCCUAAUGACCAAUUGAUCCGAGGGAACCGAGGUGCCGUUUCUUCUUCGAUCAAACCAAAACGAAAUAUGAAUUCUUCACCGUGUUAUUGCGUGUACAGGCCAUACUCCGGGGAUGUUCACCCCCGUCCUUCCCAACGAAAGGAGCUUCACACAGACCAUGCCUCCGCUCUCACAUCCAACGUCGAAUCCCGGGCGGGUGUUGCGUCGGAGAAGCCCCUCCCAGGGGCGCGCACGUCCUCCCUCUUGCUGAAGGGGAAUCAAGCCGAAAGAAAGGAGUCUCGCGAGGGCGGCCGCCUCGUGGAGGAUCCCGUCUUCGCCCACACGUUGAGUGUCCUCGCGAAGGCGCGAAACCGGCCGCCACGGCGUCGACAGGACCACCUCACCGCGGCCUACGAAACCGCCGCGAAUGGCGCGGAGUUGGUCGGGCGUCUACGGCGAAUGGGCCCCUCACGUCACCCCCCUGCUCCCGAUGAUGCGCCUCCAGAAGGGGCGGAGGAGGGGCCCCCUCCUUCCGCCGCGAUCGCACGUUUCUCAGGACUUCCCCAGAUCGCGCCGUGGGCGCGAGCGCGGGCGCCGCGGGAGACGGGCUCGAGGGCGCGAAAAUCGCGCGCGGAUGGAUCGUUUGGGAAUGCCCCAGCCCCGUCUUUUGUCGAGGCUCGCCACGGCUCGGUUCAUCAAACGCCAUCGACGCCGGAUCACGUAGGCAGGGGGGUCUAUCGAGGGUUUUCCGCCUCCCGCCUUCGAGGACGAGAGGCCGCAUCGCAGCCGAGGUCGACGGUGCUGCCGUGCGGAACGGAGGCGUCUUCUCAGCGCGCCUCGCGUGGGGCUUCACGGGGCAUGUCAGCGUCCACGAUCGGGCGGGAUCCAACGUCGACGCGGAAGCCUUCUCGACAACGAAAACCGGGCGCUCGGCUCGGGGAAACGCAGUGGGAUUCACCGGACGACCCUCCGACUACCCCCGCCACGGCCGUUGAUGACGAGGAAGAGGAAGAGGAGGGGGGUGACGCCGGGUCAAAGUCGAUUAUGGUGAAUUAUAUGCCUAAGGGACGCUAUGUGAUCAUGAAUUUGUUAUCGAACUGGGGGGAUGACUACGAGAUUGGGAUCUGUGGAGUGGAGCUCUUUAAUGAGCACGGCCAGAUUGUCAUCCCGGAUGAAGCAGCCACAUUGCCUUCGUCCUAUGCGCAGCCGCGCUCGGUGACUUCCGCAAAUGGUAGUGUCCUCUCCCAGGAGGAGGCCUCGUCGUCUGUGAACCAUUCCCGCCAGACCAUGGAUAUUGACUCAAGACAGGUAGUAUCUCUCAUGUACACAACACGCGAUGGCCUUUUGCAGAUGUUGGCAGAGUACUCAUCCACCGGAGAGGAAUUUAUCGCGAUGCGCAGCACAAACGCGAUGGAGGAGUUCUGUAACAACCCGCGCCGACAGCUCUGCAACAUUAUUCGCAGCCCCUACAACACACACGACGAGAACGCCAUGUUCGCCAUUCCUUAUACCCAUGGUCAGGACCACCUUCUCUGCUUUAUGUUUGCGACACCUAUUACCCUGAGCAUGAUUCGUAUCCACAACUAUUCUGGCAAGGGCCGCGUGCAUACCACGAAGGGUGUCCGCAUGGCCGAGAUCACCAUGGAUGAUAUUCUUGUUUUCCACGGAGAAAUUGCGCAAAGCAGCGGUGAGUGGACCACUGACCCCUUGCAGCGGGGUAUCAAGAAUUGUGAGAACAUCCUCUUCACGCAGGAGCUAUGCAUCCUGCGACGUAUUCUGCGUUUUGAAUCUGGAGUUGAUAGCAGAGUGAAUAGCGCAGAUGGCGAUGAGCACGAGAGUGGUGCCCUGGGAAGUAGGGGAGGAGAGCGUGUGCUACGCGAGCCCUCGCAGUCCGGCACUGCACACGGUGAGCGACCCCAUACGAGCACUAAUCAUGCUACAAAGGGCACCACAUUUGUAUUUUACAGCAACAGCGAUCAAACACAGAACUACGUUGGUGGAAGACCGCCCGCGGCCGCCAUGAGUUCCCAGCUGUCAGGUUUGGGAGCUUGCCCCCCCACGGGCAGCAUCCUCGCAUCCGCUCAGGCCGAACAGUUGCAGGUGCGACCAUCCACCACCGGUCUAAUUCAUCCAACCAACCAACCCUCACUUCAAAGCGUGGACCGAUGUACGAGUUUUUCUCCCGGCACCACGUCACUGUUUAACCCCUCCGUUGAAUCGAUCAAAACAACGAAGAAGCUGUCCAUGCCACCAAACCAGCUUAACUCGUUUUUGCCGUGCAAAGAUAAUACCUGGGUUGAGGCGCUCCGCGCGGACGGUGAUGGGGGGGACCCUCCUCAAUCCGGCAGCGAGGCCACAUCACACUACACCACUGCAUAUCCCUCGCAAUGCCCCAAGCAGGUUAGCAGCGCGUGCUUUAUGUUCCUUUCCACGUGGGGCGACACCCAAUACGUCGGCCUCAGUGGUUUGCGGUUGCGGGAUGCGCAUGGAAACAGCAUCUGCGCGGGCCUGAAAGGGGUGUUCGUGCAGUACCCGGACGGCUCCCAUGUGACCCUCGCCGAGCAGGAGGCCUUUAAGACCCAGGUCGGCCACCUUUUUGACGAAUGCCCCGAUACCGCCUGCCUGUUGCCCUUCUUUCCUGGGAUGGAGCUAGUCUUGGUGUUUGAUACGGCGAUCGAGACACUCGGCUUCUUGGACGUCGCGAACUACUCCGUCGGGGAGCACACCUACUGCGGGGCGAAGGAGGUGCGCCUUUUCCUCUCCCUCGGGCUGCCCUUUCCGUCGGCGCCGCAGAGGGGUCCUGAGCAUCCGCCGCCUCCACUGAUCUACGAACACCUUUGGACGCUGGCGAGCUCAGGGAGCAGCCGUCGGGUGCUUCAGCAGGCCCGCGUGCUCGAGGUCACCCCUAGCGAAGGGGUCGCCCUGCGGAAGGCCCCUGCGCAUUUCCGCCGUGCCCGCUUUCAGACCUACGACCUGUCGCUUGGGAAUCCGUACGGGGGUGAGAUCGAGGGCGCCGAAUGGGGCGGCGGUGGCGGCAGCGCCAAUGUUGAGCAGAUGGAUCGCUUCUACAUCGGGGUUGGCCCGGGAACGGGCGGGGAUGCGGCAUCCACCGGGGUCGGGUUCUUCAAAGACGCGGAGGGCCCCAAGAUGCAGUGCGUCCCUACUUUGGCAGGGGCGACCAGCUCGCGGGAGGGAAGUUUGACGGCUUCGAUGAACAUCCGCGCGACGAUGGCCAUGCGGCGCGCGCGUAUGCUACUGCGGGACUGGCCCGAUUGGCUGCUGGAUUAUCAACCCUACAUCACCCCUUUACUCCCUGUCGGCUAUGUUUUGAAGGUGUGCUUGACCGUUUGCGCGCGCUCCGUCGGCUCCAGUGUGGGCCUUCCCACAACCACGUCAGGGACAAACCCGAACAAGGCCGGGGAGGCUGCCCGCAGCCUCUUUCCGGGCUCCGUGGACUCCCUGAAGGCCUACUUGAAGGAGUGGAUCCUCCAACCCUUUGCGUCCUGUGCCUUUGUGAACGAGGACGGGCGGGUGAUCCGGGCGGUUCCCCCGGGCGAGGACACGGCAGGGGCGGGGCUGAGCCCGGGUGGCGAGGAGGCCCACGUGCUCGAAUUUUUGAGGCGCGACGCCCCAGAGGAUGGGGCGGCUCCCUCGCUCGACGAGGAUGCGGGUGGGGAGGGGUCCUGCGCGAUGCACAUGGUCGCGGAGAGUUUGGUGUCGACGUUGCCGGCGCCUGUAUUGCAUCACGGCACCGAUGCCGCAUCGGCGCAGCUUCAGCUCUACGUCGAGCUCGCGUACGUCUCGGAUACGCCGUUCUGUCUGUCCGUCUUGGGGUUGAAUCGUCCACUGGUGCUGGAUGGGGCGGCAGCGUGGGUAAAGAACAUCCUGGUGCGCAUGGACGAUACACUGAUUUAUGACAGCGGCGAUGCCGCGUUAAGAAUUGCGCGUGGGGACUCCCCUGAGAGGUCUACGCGACAGCCUUCGUCCGACCAAAACCCACCGUUACCUCCGUGCGUGUCGUCACUUAAGCCGAUCAUCAUAUUCACGCUGGAUACUAAGAUACUCGAGAGCCUGAAGCAGAAUGUUGUAGCCAGACAGAAGUCAAGGAUCGUGAGUUGA